ACACACCAAUGGUACUACACACACACAAAAAAAGACUCUUCAAAAACAUCAUUCUAUUGAGCUUAGAAAUAUAUGGCUACGAACAUUCAAGACUCCUAUUGUCUCCCUUUACAAGAAACAAUAGUUCAUAACAACAAGACAGCCCGAACCAUAGAGCUUGUGGUUCUUUCUCUUCUCGUCUUUGUACUUGUUUAUCGAGUCGUUUAUUUCAAUGACCAAGACCAAUACCUCCCAUGGCUGCUUGCGUUUCUUUGUGAGUCAUGGUUUACUUUUAACUGGACUCUUUCUGUGUGUAUAAAAUGGAAUCAAAGCACCACGAUAACGUACCCUGACCGACUCUUCAAGAGGGUAAGCGAAUCGGAGUUUCCAACGGUGGAUAUUUUUGUCACCACUGCUGACGCUGUCCUUGAGCCGUCUAUCAUAGCAAUGAACACCGUGUUAUCUUUGUUAGCGGUAGAUUAUCCAGCCGACAAGUUAGCUCUUUAUCUGUCUGAUGAUGGUUGCUCGCCUCUUACGUUGUAUUCCCUUGUUGAGACAACAAAAUUUGCAAAACUUUGGGUCCCUUUUUGCAAAAAGUAUAAAGUUCAAGUUAGAGCUCCGUUUCGAUACUUUGAUUCUAAGUCCACGCCUAUGAAAGAUGAUUCAUUGGAGUUCCAACAAGAAUGGAAAAAGAUGAAGAGGGAAUAUGGGGAGCUUUACAAGAAGAUCGAAUUUGCAAGGCAGAGACCAUUCCCAUGUGAUCAUGAUCCGGAUUUUGGUGUUUUCUGUGGUGUCCACCGCUCGGACCACCCAACCAUCAUUAAGGUUAUAUCAGAGAACAAAGAAGGUAUCCCGAGCGAUCCGCCCCACGUAAUAUACAUCUCAAGAGAGAAGAACCCGAAACAUAAGCAUCAUUACAAAGCUGGAGCUAUGAACGUUUUGACUAGAGUCUCUGGAGUAAUGACAAAUGCACCUUUGAUGUUGAAUGUAGAUUGUGAUAUGUAUGCGAAUAAUCCCCAAGUUUUUCUUCAUGCAAUGUGUUUGGUGUUUGGUUUCAAGGAUGAAGAUAAUUGUGCUUUUUUCCAGUUUCCUCAAGCUUUUUAUGAUGGAUUGAAGGAUGACCCCUUUGGGAAUCAACUCGCUAAUCUUUUUUAUGUUGUAAAUGGAGUAGCAUCAAAUCAAGGGACGGUCUACUCAGGAACAAAUUGUUUUCACAGACGAAAGGUUAUUUAUGGUGCAUCUCCAAAUGAUACGAUAAAAUCUGAUAACAUCAGUAAUGAAGAUCUACAUAAAAUCUUUGGGAAAUCAAUUGAAUUAAGAGAGUCAGCUGCUCAUAUAUUAUCAGAAUCAAAUUCAAAGAUAGAAAACCGAAACAGUCCCUCUAGUUUCAUUGAGGCUGCAAUCCAUGUUGCAAGCUGUAGCUAUGAGUAUGGCACCUCUUGGGGCACACAGGUUGGUUGGCUUUAUGGAUCCACAACAGAAGAUGUUCUAACGGGACUCAGUAUCCAUGGGAGAGGAUGGAGAUCUGCUAUUACCUCACCUGACCCGCUUGCAUUUCUUGGUUGCGCACCUUUAACAUUUCCGUCUUCAUUAACACAACAAAAAAGAUGGAUCAUAGGCCUUUUUGAGAUCUUAUUCACCGAUAAAAACCCUUUACUUCUUGCUACAAAAGGAAACCUUUGGUUUCGACAAGCCCUUGGUUAUUUUUCUUUUUCUUUAUGGGCAAUCCGGUCAGUUUUCGAGCUAUGUUAUGCAUCUCUUCCCGUAUAUUGUAUCAUCACCGGGUCACGUUUCUUGCCCAAGAUCGACGAAUGGGCUUUUCUUAUCUUCAUGGCUAUUUUCGUCAUUUACAAUCUUUAUGUGUAUUGGGAGUGUAAACGUGUAGGUGUAUCGCUUCGUAUGUGGUGGAAUUUACAGAGAAUUGAGAGAGUGAAUGCUAUGACUGCAUGGUUAUUUGGGUUUUUAAACGUGAUGCUAAAGUUCAUUGGUUUAUCAGACACAAUUUUUGAAGUAACACAAAAGGAACACAAGUCGAAUGAUGGUGGUAAUGAUGAUGAUAAUGAAAGUGUUGGUAAGUUUACGUAUGACAAGUCACCGAUGAUCAUUCCUGGUGUCGUCAUUCUACUAGUCAACAUAGUUGCAUUGGUCAAUGGUGUGUUAAGAUUGUUAAAGGUUGACUACAGUGAAAACUGGGUGGGAGUAUUGGAAUUAGGGUUGGGAGAGAUGUUUGUUAGUGUUUGGUUGUUAUUAUGCUUUUGGGAAUUCUUUAAAGGGUUGUUUCGUAACGGAAAAUAUGGGAUUCCAUCGUCCACGAUUUGGAAGUCUGGAGCUUUGGCUUUGUUGUUUGUGCAAUUAUGUAGAAGAUCACCUUAGUGGUUUUAGAUGAUUGAAUAAUAUGUGACUUAUGUAUGAUACAUUACUUGACUACAUGAAUAAUGUAUAAAUGUUCAAACACCAGUAACUACAGUUACCGGAAGGGACCAUUAUUGUAAAAAUCCAAACACACACAAGUAGAAUGCAACAUUAGUAUCUAUAAUAACAAUGUUUAUACAAACCGAUUGUAACAACAGUACUUCACCUAAUAUCAUGGAUCAAUGAAGUUGCAAA